AUGCGGCAGGAGCAGGAGCACUGUCUUUGCUUGGUUCUGUAUAUGGCACUGGUGAGGAUGAGGAUGGUGGAGCCGAGCAUGCAUCAUCAUCUAGAGGUGUAUCUGAUGUUCCCAUCCCUCUUGCAGCAUGGAUUUUCGUCCAAAUCGAAGUAUAUGUUUAAAAAAGUUAACAUUCAAAUCAAGCUUGUUGAAGGUGAUUCCGCCGGAACUGUAACUGCAUUUUACAUGUCAUCCGRCGGUCCCAAACACCRUGAGUUCGACUUCGAGUUCCUCGGAAACACCAYCGGCRAACCUUACGUCGUCCAGACCAAUGUUUACGUCAAUGGCGUCGGAAACAGGGUACAACGAUUGAACCUCUGGUUCGACCAUACCAAAGACUUCCAUUCCUACUCCAUCCUCUGGAAUCAGCAUCAAGUUGUGUUUUUGGUCGACGAGACGCCGAUCAGGGUUCACUCUAAUUUGGAGCACAAGGGUAUACCGUUUCCUAAAGAUCAAGCCAUGGGUGUGUACAGUUCGAUAUCCCUUGUUGAUCCUUGUUGA